UUAAAUUUGAAUUCGUUUAUUUUUCUUCGAGUUAGAGAGUGUGCGAGAGAGAGAGAGAUGGAGUUCAGUAUCAGUGGUAAUGCGCUGAAGACCUUCGCUAGAUCUAUAACAUGCCUCGCACGCGUCGGCAAAGAGCUCGUUGUCCAAGCUUCGCCGACACAGCUGGCAUUGCACACUUUGAAUGCUUCACGUUCUGCGUACCAGUGUAUUACAUUUCAGUCAAGUUUCUUCGAUAUAUGUACUGUUUCUGGUCCUCAAGCUCAUUUCAGUGUGCUAUUGAAGAUGGCGACCCUUUGUUACACACUCAGCUAUGGAUAGAUCCAUCCGAAGAAUUUAUACAGUAUACUCAUGCAGGUGAUCCUGUUGACAUCACAUUUUCCCUGAAGGAACUAAAGGCAUUUCUUUCAUUCUGUGAGGGAUGUGAAGCCGACAUUCAUCUUUUCUUCGAAAAAGCUGGCGAGCCAAUAUUGAUGGAUCCAAAAUUCGGGUUGGGUGAUGGGUCAAGCUCAAGUUUUGAUGCAACACUCGUUCUUGCGACAAUGCUUAUGUCUCAACUUCAGGAAGGGAUUCCGCAAGAACCUCCUGAAGCAGCAAAUUCCACAGGUGGUCAUGCUGCCGAGCAAGUAGGAUCGCAGCCUCCUGAACGGUCUAGGCAGAAUGCCUCUGGGCACCCAUCUGAUCACACACGAGUUUGGUCUGAGCUUUCAGCAGGAAUUGCCACUAAGAGCGUGAACGGUUCUGAGGAUAGGCCGCAAGCUCAGGGACAACCAGACUUGGAUAUCCAAAGAAUUAGGGAUAUGGGAAUAUCAAAAGACGGGCCAGCUGGGAAUACUGCUCCUGCAGCUCCUAACUCCCAACGUCCCACACAGAUAGGUCACACUGAAGGAUCCCAAGGACGGGUACAGAAGAACCAAACUUUCUCCCAGCGCCAUCCUAGUAAUUGGAUAGAUGUAAAUGAGGAUGAAGACGAUGAAGAAGGUGUUGAGGCGACGCCACCUCACAAUGAAGAUUAUUAACUCAAUAUCCUUUCCGUUGAAGUUUUCUUCAACUCAUUCAACUGAAAAGGGAUCCGAAGAAAAUCAUGGAAACAGAACAAAACAUUUACGGUAAGAUGUAUCUCUCUAUCUCUGAUAAAUAUCUCUAAUAGAAGUAUAGAAUAGAAGAAAAAGGUGACACUAUAUGCAUAUAUGUGUAGUGUUAGCCUGUUAGGUGCUUCAUCCACUACAAUUAAACUUGAUCCUUUCUUGGCAAAACUUCUGAAUGGCGUGUAGUGUUGUUGUUCAGUCAUGUUUGUUUGUUAAGCAUUUGCUUUCUCUAUCUAACUUGACAUAAAAAUAGAAUGCCAACACACCAUGAAUCUCUGCAUCUACACAUAAAUUCUUAUUCCACCCAUCCUUUUUUGCUUUUUCAUCCAACACAACUUAAAAAAGUGUCCAUACAUAUAUGUCAAAUUUCAAAUACAUUAUCAUCUCUUUUUUUUACUUAGACCAUGAUUGUUUUAAACACAAACGCAAAACCCAACCCUUUAUUUUGUCCGUUUGUUUAAAGCAAAACACAAUUAUGAGAGAAGGUUUUUUCAUGAAUUGAAUUCACUAUAAAAAAGCAAAUGAGACGGAAUAAAAUGAGUCAUAGUUUUAAAAUGUUCUUCAAAGGUACCACCAACUACUCUAUCUCUCUUUAUAAGAUUAAGUAAGUAAAAGAUGGCGAACAGGUCCAACGAAAGGGACAAUUAUAAAAUUCUGUUCCUUUCUUCUUUUUUUUUGUAAUAAUCUUAUAGAAAUAUCAAACUUUGAGAAUUGGCUAUAAUGUAGUCUUCGUUUUUUAAUUUAAAGAGACCUCUCUCUCUUUUAAAAAAGAAAGGUUGGUCUAGUUGAUAAAAAAUGUAUGUAGAAAGAGGUUCUCCAUAACUUGGAAUCUUUGUUUUUCUUCUCUUUUUGAUUUCCUCAUCAUUGGUAUCUUAUUCGUGAUAGCCUCAUACGAAAAGUAAUGAGAUUUUGCUUUGCAUUACACUUUCGUGUUUGUGUAUAUUCUUAUUCAUAAACUAUUUUCGGUUGCACCAAUUA